UUUCUCAUCCAUACACCCAAAUAAUCGAAUCAUACACAAACACCAACUACCAUUCAAGUCAUCAUAUAUAACUCAUCAUCUUCUUCCCCAUUCCAACUCGGACAAGCCCAACUCAUUUCAAUUAUCACCUCGUCCCAAAACUCACUCCCCUGUAAUGGCAACAAUCAACACAAUCACACCCCAAUCUUUUCACCCUCUAUCAAAACCCAAGUUCAAACCCUCACCAUCUUUCUCAAAAUCAUUCAAACCCCAUCAAAAAACACCCUUUAGAGCUUCAAUUUCAGUGAAAUCAUUGCCCCAAGAGUUUGAUGUUAUUGAUGCUAAUACCCAUGAUUGUAAAGACCCAAUAGAUGGGAUUUUGAGUGGAUUGGAGAGGGAAAAGGAAGGUGAAGAUGUGAUGAAUGAAGUGGUGGGUGUGUUUGGGAAUGAUGGAAGAUUGUCAUUUGAAGGAGCUACUGGCUUUUCUUCUGUCGGCUUAUCGGGUAGCGAAAAGGAAGAACAGGAUUUGAAUAAGUUGAUUGAUAGAGGGAUUAAUGCUACUUUGGUAUUAGCUGCUAGUACUUUUGCUGUUAGCAAACUUCUCACCAUUGAUCAUGAUUAUUGGCAUGGAUGGACCUUAUUUGAGAUAUUGAGAUAUGCACCUCAGCACAACUGGACGGCAUAUGAGGAAGCUCUAAAAACAAACCCAGUCUUGGCAAAAAUGAUGAUAAGUGGAGUGGUUUAUUCUCUAGGAGAUUGGAUUGCACAGUGUGUUGAAGGUAAACCUCUUUUCGAGUUUGACCGAACACGGAUGUUUAGAUCAGGAUUAGUUGGAUUCACUUUGCAUGGAUCACUAUCUCAUUAUUACUAUCAGUUCUGUGAGACCCUUUUCCCAUUUCAAGAUUGGUGGGUGGUUCCGGCCAAAGUAGCCUUCGAUCAAACUGUAUGGGCAGCAGUUUGGAAUAGCAUUUACUAUGUAUUUUUGGGAUUGCUGCGUCUUGAAUCGCCAAUUAGCAUAUUUAGUGAACUAAAGGCUUCAUUCUGGCCCAUGUUGACGGCUGGUUGGAAGCUAUGGCCAUUCGCUCACAUUAUCACAUAUGGAGUGAUCCCUCUUGAGCAAAGGCUUCUAUAUGUUGACUGUGUAGAACUUAUCUGGGUAACCAUACUUUCGACUAUUUCAAAUGAGAAAUCAGAAGCAAGAAUCUCUGAGGCACCAGAUGAGGAAAUUUCAAAUACAUUGACACUCCCUCCAGAGGAGUAAGUUAUGUAGAAAGGAAGCCAGAUGCUCAGACAUCCGAUAAAAGAUCUGUCGUUUCAUUAUAAGGCAAAAUUCCGUUGUUAUGGACUGCGGUUAUGAAGUCUUGCGAAAUAUGUGAUUUUGCUGCAAAUACUUAUUGUACAUAGAAUACAUAAUUCAUGUAACAGCUCCAACAAUUCCGGUCUCAGUGUAAGUUAGAAAAAUUGUUGUAAUAUCCUUAGAUUCUUAGUCAUUUACAUACAUUACUGAGACCACUAUAGAUUUAUUAUUACUUGGCAGUAUCAUUGUGAACCAACAACAGUCCUACAGUUCACUGUCUUGUUGUCGAGGCAAAUUUUGCCAGAAUAAUGUAAAGAUUAUGUUUUGAAUUUUAUAA